AUGGCAGCGAGGUCUCCCUGGCAGCGCACUCUCCGCCGCCUCUUCUUCCUCGCCGGCACAGCAUCCACCUUCUACUUUCUCGCCACAUAUCUCCGAGAGAGACUCAACGAGAGCCGUCUCAGGGCCAGAAAGGAGAAGAAACAGAACGAGCUCCUGAAGAACCACUUUACGUCUCUCAUCUCCAACAUCUCAUUCACCCUCUACGCCCUCCUCCCCACACUCCGUCCCCAGAUAUCCCAAGUCUUCCCCGUCGAACAGACCAGCCAAUCCCUCCAGAACUUUACAUCAGGAGACAGUUCACUCUCAGACUCUGUAUCCAUUGUCGACUCGUCUCGACAAGAGACUACCGCAGAAAACUCUCUCCACCUGCAUCACAACGAAAGUGACUCAAAGCCCGAGCAAGCGCAAGUCACACCAGGAAGCACACAAUCGUCGCCCAAGCACCCGGGGAGCAUUGAUAGGAGGCAUAGCAAGUCGAGCCCUAGAGUGCCGAGUGCUCCGGGGGUGGGUGAAAGCUGGGCGAGCGAGUUUCAGAGGGCGGAGGGUGGAGAUUCGGAGACGGAGACGGAGACGGAGAGUGGGUAUAUGGUGGGAGGGUCUGUGGGUGUGCCCGAGACGGAUGACGGGCUCUCAUCGAUCAUAUCACAAUCCAUCUCUCUCCCAGCAACAGACAUCUCCUCCAACUCACCCUCUCCCCCCUCCGAACUCUCCCAAUCCAGCCACUUCCACUCCCCCUCCCCACCUCAUCAUCACCUAUCCCCGCCAAAGAGCAAGAAGGAGCUCUGGAACGACCUCAAAAUCCAGAGUAUCGCGCGGACAAUGACGACGGCGUAUCUCGUGCCCAUGCUGUAUCUCUUGACUUCUUCCCAGCUUGCCAUCCUCGCGCGCAAUACUUAUUUAAAAGAUGUCAAGACUUCCAUCACUGCCCAAGGCGCCUCUGCCGAGGCUGGUGAAGAGGAUGAAGAGGACGGGUGCCAGACGCCCCGUCGGAAUACGUCCGAAGCGACCCUCACCGGUCUUUCCGUCGACCCGCCAAAGAAGAAAGCAGGCUGGCUCUCGUCAUUUUCGAUCGAAAACAUGGGUCUCUCCGAUUUCGUCGAAUCGACCACAUCCUACAUUCCUAACCCUACAUCCUACAUCCCCUCCACCAUCUCUGCCUACCUCCCCUCUAUUCCUCUACUCAGUUCGAGUUCGGGCGACAAGAACCAGGCCGAACUCGUAGGCGAGAUGAAUCCCCGAGAGAUGGAGAGGCUGAAGAAGGAAGAGGAGGAGGCCGCCGAGAGGGUGUUUUUGACGUAUUCAUGGUGGAUCUUGAAUGUGGGGUGGAAGGGCGUGGCGGAGAGGGUUAGUGAGGGUGUUCAGAAAGUGUUUGGGUCGCUGCCGCUCAAGAAGGAGCUCACUGUUCAAGAUUGGGAACAGUUGUUCAAAGAUGUGCGCGCAGAAGUCGAGAUGAACACGACCUCCUCUGACGAAACCCCAAAAUUGUUCGACUUUACACCCAACAUCCUCCCUACCUCCAUCCCCCCCGCCACCCGGACCCCCUUCCCCCGCUCUCCAACCGACCACUCCCCCCACCUCGCAGCCCUCUUCUCCGAAUCCCUCUCCCACCUCCAUUCUGCAGACGGGCGCUACUUGCUCGAAAAAGGUAUUUCUUCCCUCACACAAAGUAUCCUCGUUUCCCUCCGCGAUCAGCUCUACUCCGAUGGAGGGUCAGGGGAAGGGCAAGAAGAGAAGAAGAGGUUGGCGCAUUGUUUGCCUGUGGUCAGUCAGUGGGGGAAGGGCGUGUGGGAGGGGGUGCCGGAUGGGGGUGUGGAGGGGUUGUUGGGGGUGUCAGAGUUUGAAGGGUUUGCUGCUUUGGUUUUUGGUGAUUGGGCGGGAAAGUAG